ACCUCUAGCAUGGAUGCAUAAAAUGUAGUCGAACAGUCGGCCGUGUGAGUAUUCAAUUUUUCCGAAAGUGCGAGUGUGUGCGUGUAUUCCUGAAACGUCGCGAAAUUUGGAGGUAAUCUUUUGCACAACAGUGAUUGUGAUGGGUAAUAUACACACGGUAGGACCUAACGAGGCGCUAAUUGUAUCAGGCGGAUGUUGCGGUUCGACGAAACGCGUGACGACCGUCGGCGGUUGGUCGUGGGCGUGGUGGUUUGUCACGGACGUGCAGAAACUCUCGCUGGAGGUGAUGACGCUGAACCCGCAGUGCGAGAGCGUCGAGACGGCCCAAGGGGUGCCGCUAUCCGUCACGGGUGUAGCGCAGUGCAAGAUAAUGAAGGCCGACGAACUGCUGCAUACCGCCAGCGAACAGUUUCUCGGCAAACCGAUCAAGGAAAUCAAAAGCACGAUUUUGCAAACACUGGAAGGACACCUCAGAGCGAUACUAGGAACUCUUACAGUAGAAGAAGUAUACAGAGAUCGCGAUCAAUUCGCUGCCUUGGUCAGGGAGGUGGCCGCCCCCGAUGUGGGUCGCAUGGGGAUCGAAAUUUUGUCUUUCACCAUCAAAGACGUUUAUGAUAACGUCCAAUACUUGGCGUCCUUGGGCAAGGCACAAACAGCGAUGGUCAAGAGGGACGCCGACGCAGGGGUAGCGGAGGCCAACAGGGACGCGGGAAUUAGGGAAGCCGAAUGUCAAAAAUCUGCAAUGGAUGUGAAAUAUUCUACCGACACGAAAAUAGAAGAUAACGCGCGCAUGUUCAAACUGCAAAAAGCCAACUUUGACCAGGAAAUUAAUACCGCGAAAGCACAAGCACAACUGGCUUACGAACUGCAAGCCGCGAAAAUUCGUCAGAAAAUAAGAAACGAAGAAAUCCAGAUCGAAGUGGUCGAGCGUAGGAAACAGAUCGAAAUAGAAACGCAAGAGGUGAUGAGGAAAGAGAGGGAACUAAACGCGACUGUACGUCUGCCCGCCGAAGCUGAGAGCUACAAAGUGGAAAUGAUCGCUGAAGGAAAACGAACUCAGACCGUGCAAAAAGCUCAGGCGGAAAGCGAGAAGAUCAAAAUGCUCGGCGCUGCCGAAGCGACCGCGAUCGCUAGCAUAGGCAAAGCGGACGCGGAAAGGAUGAAAAUGAAAGCCGCGGUGUACAAACAAUACGGAGACGCGGCUAUUAUGUCUAUCGUCCUGGAGGCCUUACCUAAGAUCGCUGCAGAAGUUGCAGCGCCUUUAGCAAAAACUGAAGAAAUCGUCCUCAUAGGAGGCGCCGACAAUGCAACGGGCGAAAUCACCAGGCUGGUCGGACAAAUUCCACCGGCCAUCAACGCCUUAACCGGAGUGGACCUGUCCAAAGUGCUCGGCAAGCUUCCGGGGGCUACCAGCGGCCCGGCCGCCACCACGGUUAAAUAAAAACAAUAAAUUAAGCGCCCCGAAGACCCAUUCGGUAUCGAAAAACUCGACCAUGUAAAAAAAAACAAACACAUUCGCAUAAGAUUUUGUAUAGCUGUUACUCAUUUGUUUGCCAUUUACGAAUUAAUCAAAUAUGUGUGUCGGUUAAUAAAUUCUCAGGUCGGUACUAGGAGUAAAUAUUUUUAUUUUAGCGAGUUAGCUAACAAGCAAAAAACUGAAAGCAUUCGGAUUUUUUACAAACUUCAAAAUAGGAUAUUUAAGCAAAAAAAAAAAAAUGUAUUUUUCUACUCUUCGACCCCCACGAUUUAGUUUCGACGUAGAUUUUGAUCCGCACUGUGUGUUUGGGGGUUUUCUUUAUGUCAGUCUUGAUUUUAGUGGGACUUUAGUACUAGAAUCACUGCCGCCUCGUGAUUUGUUUUAGUGUUUUUAUAUAUGAAUAAUCGAUGGUACCCGUUUUAUUUUGAUAAAUCCUGCUAAUAUAUUUUUAAGAAAUACCCCAUUUAAUACCUAAAUUUUCACUUUGUGAAAAACUUUAAAAAGAUUUUUCGCCACGCGGUCUCUGCCUUAUAACCGCCACGAAUUUCCCAGCCGCGUUUUAAAAGUACAUUUGAACGGUUAGUAUUCGCAAUAAAAAGUAUAAAAAAACAUAUGGGAUGUUUUUAUUUUUUGACCUAUAAGGGACGAUUUUUUGAAAUGUUUCAACUGGGUUAAAAUAAAUUAACUGGAUUGGUUAACAGUUAAAUAUUUACAGCAUCAAAGCAAGCACAGUGCUUCGUUGUAUGGAACUCAUUAAAUGUCUUAUUUUGUUGUCAUGUAUUAUUAGGUAUUAAAAUUGGUGACCAAUGUGGAGCAGGAUUUAAUGUGACAAAUAAAGUUGGUGAAAUA